AUGCUGAGAACCAAGUUGAAAGACUGGGAACGCGACUUUUUGGAGAAAACAGGUAGAAAGCCGUCGUCGAAAGAUAUCAAAGAGAACAAAUAUAUUCAUGGAUUAUACAAACAGUAUCAUCGUGAAAAGGCAGCGGCCUUAAAGGCUGAACCAAACCUUUCAGAGCCGAAAACAGAUCCCAAUUCGGAAACAACCGAGAUCCCAGACGCAGAGAGAACCCCACAAAAGCCGACGAUCAGCGAGGUUUUCCCUACUCCCCAACACCAAGGACGUGUAAUGGGCUUGUUUGAUAUUCAGCUGCCUGCUACGCCCGUUAAAAAGCUGGAUGCCCCCAGCACACCCACCAAGGCCAUCCUGGUCGAAACUCCAAAAUCUAAACGAACUCCUGCAUACAUUGGGCAACGCGGGUCGGUUGUAUAUGAUGGUGAAUCUCCAUUGUUUCCAAGACGAGCGUCUAAAUCGAUCAGUCAGAUAAUCGAAGAGGUCGAAAACAUGUCUGACGUAGACUCCGACUUUGAAAUGCCCCCCUCGCCUACGCAAACAAGAAGUGUCGAAAUCGAGACCACGCAAGUAAGCGAGCCCAAUCAGGAGCCGAAAUGGCGGAAGCGUGGUCAGAAACGCACUACAAAGCGAGUCAUUAUGCGUCCUGUUACGGAGUUCGAUGCCCCCUCCAAGCGAAAAGCGACCGAGAAUUACCGGCGGCUUAAUAUACAGAAAAAGCGGCCGUUUGGUAAAAAAGCUAGGUGA